ACUUUAGUGGAUUAUUUGAACAGUCUUUCGAAGAUAAGGACUGGUCGCCGGCUUAUUUAUGGCCUUUAGGUUUUAAAUUUCCGAUGAAUUACUGUAAGAUAUCAUCUUAAAUAAAAUGUUUUUUUUUUUUAGAACGUUGCGUCGAUGUGCAUCAGUGAAUGGUCCGACCAAUAUCAACAUUGCCAAAGUUAUGAUCACCAACGCACCUGGAAACGACUAAUCCAAUCUGAGAAAGUGGAAGAGCUGACAACUCCUGUACGACAACAACACAAAUUCAGUGUUGGCAGACGUCAGUGACAUUUGUCUGCCCAGUCAAAUAAUAACACACUCAUUGUCAGACAAUACAGUGCUGGUCAGUCAAACCCAACCUUCCUAAUCCAGAAACCGUCAAAGAGCUACGUUCUAGGGAAGAAACCCACGUGUGAGCUGCUGCCAGGGGCUCACAAGGUGGACAGAGAGUAUCAGGUACAGAAGGCCCUGUUCUCUGCUGGUUUCCCUGUGGCUCAGCCUCUCUUGCACUGCACUGAUGUUGAAGUCAUUGGAACAGAGUUCUACUUGAUGGAGCAUGUGAAGGGGUGUAUAUUCAGGGAUCUUUGUUUCCCUGGAAUAAGUCCAGCAGAGAGAACGACUCUAUAUGUGGCUGCAGUGGAAGUGUUGGCAAAGCUACACUCACUGGACCUGGCAUAGCUGAACCUUGAGGGGUAUGGUAGAAGACCAGGCUACUGCAAGAGACAGGUGUCCACCUGGACUAAGCAGUACACCACAGCAGCCCACAGAGGCAUUGCAGCCAUGAAUGAACUGUCUGAUUGGUUGAUGAAGAAUUUGCCAGCCAGUGACAAUGAGGUCACGCUUGUCCAUGGAGAUUUCCGACUGGAUAACUUGAUAUUCCAUCCAACAAAAGCAUGUGUGAUAGCAGUGUUGGACUGGGAGCUGUCUACCACUGGGCAGCCCCUGGUAGAUUUGGCGUACUUCUUAAUGCCUCACUACAUGCCCACAGGCCUCAACAUUAUCGGUACAAUGGGCAGCUUAAAAGAAAUAGAAGAUAUUCCAACCGUGGGUGAUCUGAUCUCCAUUUACUGCAGGUGCCAGGGAAUGCCAUCUGCUUUACCACAGCUGAAUUUCUAUCUGGCCUUGUCUGGUUUUAAAAUGGCAGGUAUUACCCAGGGAAUCCAUGCUCGCCACCUACUGGGUAAUGCUAGUGCACCCAGUGCAGCUCAGUUCAGCCAGUGUGUAGAGCCUUCAGCUAAGGUUGCCUUGCAGCUUGCACAUGCCAGGUCUCUCACAGGUCCAACAGAAGACAGACUGUUCCUCCAGACAGCUAAAAGUCAGGCUAUACACCAGCAGGUCAAAGACUCCAUGAGACAAUACAUGCUUCCUGCUCAGGAGGAAGGUACAGAGUACUACUCCAAACACGCUCAGUCUUCACAGAGGUGGCACCCCCCCCCCCAAAUAAUAGAGGAUCUAAAGGUAAAAGCCAGGGAGGCAGUGCUUUGGAACCUAUUCCUGCCUGCAGUCAGUGGUCUCAGUCAGUUGGCUUAUGCCUAUAUUGCAGAGGAAACUGGAUGCUGCCUCUCCGCCCCGAACUGCCAGGCUCCUGACACAGGAAAUGUGGAGGUGUUGCACAUGUUUGGCAGCAAUGAACAGAAAAGUGAAUGGCUGGAGCCUCUACUCAGAGCAGAGAUCCGCUCCUGUUUCUGUAUGACAGAUAUUUCACCUACAUCAUAGCAUGAUGUGGCUUCCAGUGAUGCAACCAAAAUGGAGUACACUCUUCAUAGGGAUGCCGACCACUACGUCAUAAAUGGCAAGAAAUGGUGGAUCACUGGUACUGGCAAUCCCCAAUGCAAAGUGGCCAUUGUGAUUUGCAGGAGCAGUUCUCAGGAUGUUAGCAGCAGAUCAGUAGAACAGCAUGGCCAACACGGUAUGAUCCUCAUACCCAACAUUCUUGGACAGAAAUAUAAUUUAUAAUUCUGAUUUCUCUCCUCUGUGAUUAUUCAUGGUAAUGGUCUCUGUUAUGUAUCUGGGUUCCUUCCCACUGUGCAUUCAUUUCCAGGAGAGGGCAGGGGAUUUGAGAUUGCCCAGGGUUGCCUGGGGCCUGGCAGGCUGUACCGCUGUAUGAGUGCUGUUGGCCUGGCAGAGUUGGCACUGGAGCUGCCAGUACCAACAUGUGAGUCAACAUCUACCCAGAGAUUCCUCCAACUUAAGUAUGUGUGUUAUCUGUGUGUCUAGGACGAUGUUGCUCACUGGAUGGCAGGGUGCCAUCUCAUGACUGAACAGACCCGCUUGUUGACUCUACAUGCUGAUGCACUGGAUACAGUGGGCAGCCGGGCUGCUCGCAAACUGACUGCUAUGAUCGAAGUGGCAGCAGCCAGGAUGACCUCUGCUAUACAGAUUUAUGGAGGUGCAGGUGUGUCACACACAUGAGAAUAAGCAUUGAAUAAAUCUUAUUUCUAUGUGCGGACGCUCAUUGCUGAUGGACCAGAUGAGGUGCACCUCUUCUCCACUGCUCAUUUAGAACUGAGGGAUCAGAAAGAACCCACAGGCCAAACUGUAAAGUAACCGUCAAACCAGCUUCACUAAAUUGCAAAUACUAUUACAUUGCCCUGCUCAGACUGUCAGUCACAUUUUUGCCAUAACAAAAUAAGUGUUACCAAAAUACACAAUGAAAAUUAAGGACAGUUUCUGAAUGUCACAACAUUAUA